AUGCCGGUCUUUAACGCACAACAUCGUAGUCAACCUGCGCUAGAGCUGCGGCUAGUGGGAGGAGAACUCAGCAGCAGCAAAGGGCAGCGAGGCGGGGGGAAAGGCGGAGAGCAGCAGGAAGAGGCUGUGAAGGUGCAGGGGUUGCAGGUGGUGCAGGGGGCGCACGGAGGGAGGCAUGGGGAGACAUGGGGAGGAAUGGGGAGGCCGAGGGGACAUAGGUCAACCUCCUUCCCUGCUUCCCAUCCCGCUAGUGGUAUAGAGGACAGGGAGAUUGGAGACAGGGUGGAAGGGGAAAUGGAGAAAGGGGUUAGGGAGAAAGGGCACAGGGAGAAAGGGCACAGGGAGAAGGAGGGCUGGGUGAAAUGGGACAGGGAGAAGGGGCACAGGGAGAAGGAGGGCUGGGAGAAAGGGGACAGGGAGAAAGGGUACAGGGAGAAGGAGGGCUGGGAGAAAGGGGACAGGGAGAAUGGGCACAGGGAGAAGGAGGGCUGGGAGAAAGGGGACAGGGAAAAAGGGGACAUGGAGAAGGAGGGCUGGGAGAAAGGGGACAGGGAGAAAGGGGACAGGGAGAAGGAGGGCUGGGAGAAAGGGGACAGGGAGAAUGGGCACAGGGAGAAGGAGGGCUGGGAGAAAGGGGACAGGGAGAAAGUGGACAGGGAGAAAGGGGACAGGGAGAAAGGGGACAGGGAGAAGGAGGACUGGGAGAAAGCGGACAGGGAGAUGACGGGCGGGUUACGGGCGGAAGGGAGGACGACGACGAGAAAGGGGGAGUGGGAGAAGGGGGAGUGGGAGAAGGGGGAGUGGGAGAAGGGGGAGUGGGAGAAGGGGGACAGAGAGAAGGGGGACAGGGAGAAGAGGGAUUGGGAGACGGGGGAGUGGGAGAAGGGGGACAGAGAGAAGGGGGACUGGGAGAAGGGGACUGGGAGAAGGGGACUGGGAGAAGGGGACUGGGAGAAGGGGACUGGGAGAAGGGGAUUGGGAGAAGGGGACAGGGAGAAGUAG